GCCGGUGCGUGUCACGGUGGGAGGGUGUGUCCGCUGCCUCCGUCGCGUCUCCUCGUGUGAGAGAGAGGAAGAUUGUGAAGGAGAUCGAGAUUGGAACUGUCCUUGGAAAUCCUUUAAUCUUUCCGAGAGCGAAUGUUGCCGUAAGGACGCGCCUCUCUCGCCGUGCGGACUGACGAAAGAGCGACGGGCCAUGCCGACGUCCGAACACCAGCUAUAACGACCCCCUCCGCCCCAGGGACACGAGCAUGAGCGUGCUGGCGGAACGCAAUGAACCGGAGUGGACCGCGCUGACCUCCUCCUCCACGCCCCUGCCUCCUCCCCUCGCCGACGGAACGCCCCAGCCCGCCGCCGCCGACGAAGGGGAAGCCUCCGUCUACAUCGCCGCCGCCGUCUUCUCCCUCUGCUACUUCCUGGUGGGGAUCCUGUGCUGCCGCUGCUACUGGAUCCACCUGAAGAAGAAGUCCGAGAACAACAGGAGCUGCGAGAAUAACCUGGAGAGCGCCGGGACGCAGCUCCAGCCGCAGCACCAGCAGGAGGAGGGGUCCAGAGAGCCGUCAGACACGCAGGAGAUCAACACGGAGGACAAUGAAUUCCUAGAAGCCAAGUGUUGCUAAUAUCCUCUCCAAGAAUUUUAUUUAUUUAUUUAUUUAUUUUUUACAAGACGUUUUCCCGAAGCCGAGUGUUGCUAAUAUUCUCCCCAAGAGUUUUAUUUUUUAUUUAUUUAUUUAUUUUUUACAAGACGUUUUCCUGAAGAAGUUUUUGUCAAGACGUUUUUCUCAAGACGUUCUCCCUGAAACGUUUUUUUUCUUUUCAAGACUCGGGGAUCUAUGGUGCUAAGUUUCUAAGGUAAGGGAAAUUGCUUCAC